GUUAUGUCUCUUGGUGCUUUGCAUGCCGGCUGUAAUUCUGGGGAUCGGGGUGUGUUCCUGAAGCUCAGGGUGCGCUGUGUGUCCUGGAGUUCAGAGUGUAUUCCCUCUGUCAUCGGCGGCGCUGCAGUUGCUCGGAACCUUUGUUGCGGGCCCUUGCAGCGAGCCGGUCGGUUUAGCGCGGGCGCUGGUUUACGGCUUGCCCUUUGCUUGCCACGUCUGAGCGGAGCGGUACCGGUAUCGGGACCCACAGCGGCAACGGCAACCAUGGUUUCCGUGAUCAACACAGUGGAUACCUCCCAUGAGGAUAUGAUCCAUGAUGCGCAGAUGGAUUACUACGGCACUCGUCUCGCAACCUGCUCCUCUGAUCGAUCUGUCAAGAUAUUUGAUGUUAAAAAUGGAGGCCAAAUCCUUGUUGCUGAUCUGAGGGGCCACGAAGGUCCCGUGUGGCAGGUGGGCUGGGCUCAUCCCAUGUACGGAAACAUCUUGGCAUCUUGUUCCUAUGACCGGAAGAUCAUCAUCUGGAAGGAGGAGAAUGGGACUUGGGACAAGAUGUAUGAAUACACAGGCCAUGAUUCUUCUGUCAACUCUUUAUGCUGGGCACCACACGAAUUUGGGUUGAUCCUUGCAUGUGGUAGCUCGGAUGGUGCAAUCUCAGUGCUUUCGUACACAGGCGAUGGUCAAUGGGAAAUGAAGAAAAUUAGCAAUGCACACACGAUCGGUUGCAAUGCUGUCAGUUGGGCUCCUGCAGUUUUACCAGGAAGUCUUAUAGAUCAACCCUCAGGACAGAAGCCAAAUUACGUCAAGAGAUUCGUGUCAGGAGGCUGUGACAAUCUGGUCAAAAUUUGGAAAGAGGAGGAAGGCCAAUGGAAAGAGGAUCAAAAGCUUGAAGCCCAUAGCGACUGGGUUCGAGAUGUUGCCUGGGCUCCAUCUAUAGGGCUUCCCACAAGUACAAUUGCCAGUUGCUCCCAGGAUGGCAGAGUUUUUAUCUGGAUUUGCGAUGACCCUGCUGGGAAUGUGUGGACGCAUAAACUGUUGCACAAGUUCAACGACGUUGUGUGGCAUGUCAGCUGGUCCAUCACUGGGAAUAUCUUGGCCGUCUCUGGAGGUGACAACAAGGUCAGCUUGUGGAAAGAAUCAGUGGAAGGCCAGUGGGUUUGCAUCAGUGACGUGAAUAAAGGCCAGGGAUCAGUGUCAAGUGUCACAGAAGGCCAACAGAAUGAGCAGUGAAUGGCAAAGGACCACUGCAGGAGUGCUGCCCGACUUGUAUAUUUGGCAAAAUGAAAUGGAUUCCAAGAAAACUGGGAACAAAAGCAUAAUGUUUUGUGUCUGGAUCCUUGGACUGAUUAUGGGUGGGGAAAAAUAUAUUGCUACAAGGACUUGUCAUUGGUGUGUAAGGAGGACCCUUUAUAAUUGCCACGUUUAGGGUGCUUUUCGGGGAAGUAAUAGAGGUUUUUAAAAGGAGAUGCUGUUUGGCCAAAUUGGUUGUCCUUGGAAUGAUUAUAAGGCAUAGUGCAAUAAAUGUCUGUGAUGCAUUAAUUUAAAAUAUUAUAGCUACCAUUAGCUCGUCUAUCACCGUGUGAUAGCAUAUCUCCAGAAAUAGAGCAUUUGAGGAAUUUAAAAUAAAUACUCCAGGACAGCACAAUUGUCAGUCGAGUGCAACCAGUGCAUACUCCUUUGGUUUGUGAGUAGUGAGUACAUGGUUUCUUUUUUCCCCAUAAAAUUUGUAAAAUGUUGCUUGGUCAGUGGUCAUGAAUUGCUCCUGUCCAGUAUCUGUCAAUUGAUUUCAGUGCAGCAUUUGUAGACAUUGAAAAGCAAGCCCCUUUAUAAAAAAAAAAGGAAAGUUGCCUUGUAAUAAAACUAUAGGAGAUUCAAAUUGUAUCACCUGCCUUUAAAUAUAAAUACAUUAUCAUCUAAAUGUUGCCUAUCAGCUACAUUUCUUCCCCACGUUGGACCCUUUCUGCUGCAUGCUCUGACUUGGCCAUACAUUUUAAAACAGUUAUGUUCAUCUACCAGAAAUUAAAUGCUGGGAUUUAGUUGAGCUAAUGACUGUUGAAGUUCCUGAUUUUCCUGCACUUCAGGCAUAGGCCCAAGAAGAGAAAUUGACCCAUUCUUCAGUUUAGAAUAAUGUGCAUUCUAGCUGUAACUGCAACACUUCAAUUUCAAAGCCCAUUUCUCCCCGACAGACCAGACUGAAUGCAUUGUUUAAGUUUCUGUGUGACUGAACCUUUGGCUGAAGCCCAUUUUAAUAAAUAUUUUUUCCUACAUGUAAUUCAGACUUUAAACUCCAGGAGUUUACAGGAGCAUGGGCUGAUUUAAAAAAAUUCAUUACGAAGACUAGAAAUUAAGCCAUUUGGUUUAAAUACUUAUCACUUGUUUCCUGUGGUGCGCUGACUCAUUGGUUUACAUAGAACUGUUAAAUAAAUUGAUACAAUAUUA